ACAGAUAGCGUGUUCGGACAUGGAAAUUCUCUGCUCCGCGUCACGGUUCUCUCGGGUUUACACCUAAAAAGCGUUGUCGACGCAUCCGAGGGAAAUGCAAGGCAUUCCCACGGGACAGAAGAUCUCUUCCACCUCAUCUGACUGCUUUCAUGGGAUAUAAAGCAGGAAUGACUCACAUUGUUCGUGAAGUUGAUCGACCUGGAUCCAAGGUUCAUAAGCGUGAGGUUGUUGAACCAGUAACUAUAAUGGAGUGCCCACCUAUGGUAAUCGUUGGGAUGGUUGGGUACGCACCAACUGCCAAGGGUUUAAGGACUUUUAAGACUGUCUGGGCAGAACAUCUUACUGAAGAAUUCAAACGUCGGUUUUACAAAGAUUGGUGCAAGUCUAAGAAAAGAGCUUUCCUUAAAUCCUCCAAGAAAUGGUUAUGUGAAGCAGGCCUUGCACAGAUAAAGCGUGAUCUGAAAAAAAUCAAAAAGUAUUGUACGGUUGUUCGAGCGAUUGCACACACACAGAUGCGCCUGAUGAAACAUCGUCAGAAGAAGUCACAUAUCAUGGAAAUCCAAGUAAAUGGUGGGACUAUUUCACAGAAGGUCGAUUGGAUUCGCCAGCAUUUCGAGAAGCAGAUAUCUGUUUCAAACGUGUUUUCGCAAGAUGAAAUGAUUGAUGUUAUAGGUGUCACCAAAGGUAAAGGUUUUAAAGGCGUUACUUCUCGCUGGCACACCAAAAAGCUUCCUCGAAAAACCCACAAAGGUUUGCGUAAAGUAGCUUGUAUUGGUGCGUGGCAUCCUGCACGUGUAGCAAGAUCAGUUGCUAGGGCUGGUCAAAAGGGUUACUUCCACAGAACAGAGUUAAACAAGAAGAUCUACAGAAUUGGAAUGGGUUUACAAGCUCAACUAGAGGUUGCGAAGGCAGAAGCCUCUAAGGAUGAUAAAGAUAAAAAUGCAGUACCUAAACCUAAAGGUAAUGCGUCCACAGAGUUCGACUUAACGGCUAAAAACAUCACCCCUAUGGGUGGUUUCCCACACUACGGUGAAGUCAGGAACGAUUACGUCAUGAUCAAGGGUUGCUGUAUGGGACCCAGGAAGCGUGUCAUAACACUUAGGAAAACAUUGAUUCCUCAAGUUAAGACACGAUCAAAGGAGAAGAUUGUCCUGAAAUUUAUCGACACAUCAUCCAAGUUUGGUCAUGGUCGGUUCCAGACUCGUGCGGAAAAACAGGCUACUAUGGGUCCCUUGAAAAAGUGUCUAGGACGCGCGAAGGUCGUCGCAUAAAUGUGAUUCCCUACAAUAAAAUUAUGGUAGAAA